AUGUUGGCAAAGGUCAACGUGAACUUGCCGUUGCUAGACGUGAUCAGGAAUGUCCCAGCUUACUUGAAGUUCUUUAAAGAGUUGGCCUCCAAGAAGAGGAGGUUCGAGGACAACGAGAAGAUUUUGGUGUCCGAGGUUGCAAACUCCAUAAUGCAACAGCCCUUACCGACCAAGCAACGAGACCCAGCCGAUAGGUCGGUGAGGUAUCCUCAUGGGGUAGUUGAGGAUAUCCUUGUUCGAGUGGGUGGGUUGAUUGUACCUGUGGAUUUUGUUGUCUUGGAGAUAGGAGAGGUACAUGAAAAUGGCAAAGAACAUACUCUAUUGCUAGGAAGAACAUUCAUGGCAACUACUAACACAUUGAUAGAUGUUAAAAAUGGUACCAUUAAAAUGACUGUGUUAGGAGAGUCAGUGUCUUUCUCAGUGCAUCAUAAUCGAGCCAUGCCAUCAUCCUCACUCACUAAUGAAUGUUCUUAUAUUGAUGCUAUUGAUGGCUUGGCCGAGAUGUUCUUUGUGCAGGAGCAAGAAGUUGUUGAGGUUUUUGCAGGGUCCGCGGACAUGGAGGAGUUUGCCCGUGAAGCCGAAGAACGAGAGCGGGCCCGCAAGGCUAAGCUCCCCAUUGAUGAGGCCGUGGUGAUUGACUAUGCCACGAAGAUUAAGCCGACCUUGGAGCUCAAGGAGCUCCCCAAGAACCUCAAGUAUGUAUACUUGGAAGGAGAGGCGGAAAAGCUCGUGAUCAUAUCUGCCGAGCUCACUGCACGAGCAAGAGUUGGCAUUGAUGGAGGUUUUGCGGAAAAACAAGGCAGCUUUCGGAUGGGGCCUUGCCGAUAUUAA